AGGGUUUGUAUACUUCGAUGGAGUAAACAUAUGCUGUUUGUGAUUUUAAUAUUGAAAAGCAAAACUUGAUAUAUGUUAUAUUUUUCUUUCGCGGUUAAGCAACUUAGGCGUGUUUUGCGUAAAAAACUUUCGUUUAUUCUGCUUAACUUUACAUUUGUAAAAAAAAUACGUGGACUGGAAUAACAUGAUCGGUAUGGGUAUUUAAUGUUUUCCCCUUAAGCAUGCGUGCGUAUAAAUCCCAGUUGCGUGGUUUGCAAUGUGAUGUGUGAUUCUCUAAUGCGCGAAUUGACGUUGGGAAUAAUAAAGAAUAACGUUUUAAAAGAAUAGCAAUAGGAUGGAAUUUCAGGUUUAAAUAAUAGAGAAAUAAGAAUAAUAACCAGCCUGGUUGGAAUUUUGGUAUUCUUUUAAAAAAGUGUGUGUAUAGAAACUACAGUAAUCUCUUGCAUUGUGUUUGACGUGGACGCUAAUGGUUUGACCACUUUCGCUUUAGUAUGCUAGAAAGGUUUUUUUCGAAUAGAAAUCUCAAACCUAUUCUGAUGACUUUUUGCCUUGGGCACAACCUCGUUCCCAGGGAAUUUUGCCUUGCUGAUAAUAACGCUUUAAGGGCUACAAGACCCUGGGGACGAGGUUGCGAUGGACAGAAAGACCUCUGAUUCCCGAGGUACGAAACAAAUCCGACAAAUUGGUGACGUUUUUGAGAAAUCGAAAGGACGACAAACAAAUAUGGCUGUGCUGAGAUUGGGCAAUGCAGAUGUAACUCCUGCAAUAGUUGAUGGUCCAAGUUGCGUAUUCACAGCAAGUCCCUUUCUGAUGACUAAAAAAGCAUGGGUACCUGAUUCCGAUGUUACAAUUUGUCCAUUGUGUCAUCAGAAAUUUACCCAAAUUAGACGUAAGCAUCAUUGCAGACAGUGUGGUCGCAUUUUAUGCGGUAAAUGUUGUGAAAAUAAGUUAUUAUUACCACAACUUAAUUAUGAUCACGAACCUCAAAAAGUUUGCAACGAAUGUCUUCCUGUUAGCCAAUUGGUGGCAAAGUCUCGUUCACCUCAAUUUUCGAAAAAAGAAGAGGCUGCCAAAUUAUUGAACGAGAUGUGUAAAGACAUCAACCAGCUACAAAAGUUAGUUGAGCUAGGCGGGGUGCAGACAUUGAUAUUUCUGAGCCAGAGUAUCAACAAUAGCAUAAAGGAAAAUGUUGCUGAGGCAUUGCACAUGAUGGCAACCCACACUGUGUUGCAUCCACUUCUUGUGCAAUCUGGUGCAAUCAAAGCACUAUGUAGUUUGCUUUCAGAUUCGGAGAGUUUCGAACGAAUAUUAAUAGAUGCUCUCAGUGCAAUGAUGAUAUUUUGUAAAAAUGAAAAUUAUCGCAAACAAGUGGUUGUUGAAGGUGCGUUAAAACCAAUCCUAACUUUAUGCGGGAUGAAAGAAACUAUCGCGUUGCUGGCAACCACCACGUUAAGUCUUCUUGUUGAUAACGAAGACAAUUUGUACACUGUUGUUGAUAAAGAGAAGGAAGCCUUAUGGAAAAUUAUGAAUCUGGUAAAUGCGAAAGAUGAAAAGAUGCAAGAAAUAGCUUUGAAGAUUUUAGCCUCGCUUUCGCUAGGUACAGAAUGGCAUCGUCACAGAAUUGUGCAGGAGCAUUACUCAAAUGGAAAAUGUCUUGUUAAUGUAUUCCGUACAGUACCUUCCAAUCAACAGGUGUUAGUGAACGGUAUAUGUUUACUUGGUAACCUGGCAACAAGUGAAAAGGACCAAUCAGUUUUGCGUGAAUGUUUGGAGUGUGUAUGCGCAUUAAUGCGUAAAAAUGAAGUAAACGUAGAUGUUCAGGUACAGAUUUCUAGAUGCAUCGCAAACUUUUCAAAGCACAAAGUGAAUACAGAACCACUACUUGAAUACAUUCCAGAAAUUGUUCGACUACAUGUCCAGGUGGAAGAUGCAACCACGCGACUUUAUGGUGUAAAGACAUUAUUUAACUUGUUGAACAUCGAACAGGGUCACGUGUUAUCUUUACUAAGCAAGCCGCAGUUGGAUACCUUGCUACACUCUCUUCUGAACUGUUCAGGAAUGCAUGACUCUCUGUUGACAUGUUUAGAAAAAUCUGCACCUCCAAGAAGUCGCCCGAUGACACUAUAGCAACAACACUUAUUUUUAGAUGUUUGUUUUAUUAUAAAAAGUAGAGAUGUAUUGGAAUGUUAUAUUUUUUACAGAUGAAUAAAUAAUCCCUUUUUUAAA